AAGGAAACGAGCGUGUAGAGAGAUAGAGAGAGAAUACAGGAGAAGAGAGAGGGAGGAUUGUUGCGAGACACGACGGCAACGUAGCGAGGCAACGAACGAAAGCACAGCAGCACCAGCUCGGACAACCAACGCACGGAGACCUGCCGAGAGACAAAAACAAGGCUUUCAAGUACAGGACGCGUCAAGAGCACGUCGGGUCAGUCUCCGCUGACCCUUUGCUUGAGAACGACGGCAAAGGCAAAGACCAAGGGGGCUGCCGCAAUGCGCCGCUCGUCGAAGUCCGCCAAAUCUCCGGCCGCGAAGGCCCCAGCCGCCAAAGGAGGGUUUGGCCGCAAGAGCUCGAAGGGACCCAACAUGAAGACCAUCAAUGCCAUGUUCAUCAAGUACGCGGCCCUGGGCGACAGCCCAGGGCCAAGAUACGUCCCCCAAUAG